AUGAACAGAAACCGCCUCAGCAGCAGCAGCAGCAGCAGCAGCAGCUCCAGCAACCUGAUGGAGAUGCCCAGCACUCCCACCCGAGUGGUCAACGGCCCCCUGUCGCCCAAGAGGGGACCAACCCAGUUCAAGCAGAGGAUGACCCGGCAUUUCAAGAGCAAGCCUCCUACGAAGGGAGUGAAGGGAUUUGGCGAUGAGAUCCCUGGCAUGGAGGGUCUUGGCAGUGACUUUACGGUGGUGUGCCCGUGGGAGGCCUUCAGCCACCUGGAGCUGCACGAGCUGGCCCAGUUUGGCAUCGUCUGA